UAAUACACGGGUGCCACAGCGCGCCGAGACCUCCGAGAUGGCGCCAGUUUGCUCCAUGUCGCCGAAGAGGAUAUACGUAUUUUUCACCUCGCGAUUAUUACCGAUAUGAUGGAAUAACUGGACCCAUUUACGCGCCCUGUGCGCAGUACACCGCAACCAUGAUGGAGUUAAACACCUCACCUUUGGUGACCACACCAACACCUAUUGUAUCAACAAGUGCAGAACAAGAGGCUCACGGUCAUGGACAACAUGGACCUCUACAGCCUGGCCUCCUCCUCCUCCUUUUGCCACCUGAUGGAGAGUGAGGAGGGUUUUCCCUUCGGGGCCAAGACCACAUCUUUCCUUCCACCUGCCACCGUGACCAAUGCAUCCACCAACAACACAAUGGCCGCCCACAACACCACCGCCUUUGAUCUCCCAGAGUGGAUGGAGGGGCGAGAGCUCCUUGAGCUGCCCGAAGUAGGGCUGUUUGACAACAUGCCAGCCUCACAGCCCUCCACACCUCUGGAAGACAGCCUCAUGAAGAUGGAUGAGGAGGAGGAGGACUACUGCUUCACCAUCAAGCCAGAAGACAUGCUUGUACCUCUGUCUGAGCUGCAGCCUCCCACCACACCCACUCCUCCUCCCCUGGCCUCCACUCCCCCUGCCAGCCCAGUACACUGUUAUUCCAACCUUGUCCCUGCCAACCCUCCCCAAGUCCAUGCCAGUCCACCUCGAAUUCCUGCUCCUGCCCCUGCUGCCCAAGUCCAAGCCAGCGCUCCCCUGCCCAAGAUCAUCAUCUGCCGCAAGGUUGGCACGUCUACCCUGAAGACCAAGCCAGUCAAGGUGCACUACCAAGUCAUGCCAGUCAAGAAAAUACCACAAGUCACACCUGGCAUUCCCUUGGUGAGCCAGACACCCCUGCCAGUCAAACAAGUCCCACAAAUUUCCUGUGGCACUCCCUUCUCCACCCACACACCCCUGCCAGCCCCCACAGCUGCCCCAGGGAACAGCCUAGGAGGUCAAACGGUUGUCAGGUCCCUUGUAGCAAGUCAGGGCAAGCUUCCAACCACUGGUUCAUACAUGGAUGUGCCUCAGGUUACCGUGAGUGCCGAGGAGCUUCCACCAUGCGAUGCCGAGGAGCUGAUCAACGAGAUGGUACAGAUAAUUGGCGACAACAACAAUGCCAACACCUUCUUCCAGGGCCUUGAGGUGGAGGAAGGCAUGGAGGAGCUUCUUCUCAAACUGGAAGCCUCAAACAAAGCCAACUCUGAGUCUGACUCCCAAGCCUCCCUGUCUGUUCCUGUCCCAUCUGUGUCUCCCAGCAGCUUCGGCUCUGCCUCUCCUCACCCCUCGGAAACCACCUUCUCUGGCUCCAUAUCCUCGCCGGCCCACUCUGAAUCCACCUUCCCAUCUUCCCCUCUCUCCCUCCCCUCCCCCGUCCCUUCUUUGGGCUCCCUCUCCCCAGCACAGUCCACCAGCGACUCUCUCUUCCCUCCCGAUGAGACGAGCUCCACCGAGGACUGUCUGGAGGAUUGGAGCCCUCUGGAGGAGACACACUCAUACUCUAAAUCAACACGCAAGUCAAAAUCCUCCCGCAGGACCUCAUCUGCCAGGAAAGCACCGUACCCAGAGGACCGCAAGGAGCGCAAGAAGGAGCAGAACAAGCAGGCGGCGCUGCGAUACAGGCAGAAGAAGAAGCAGGAGGAAGAUGACCUGAUGGGCAAGAUUGAGGUGGAGGAGGAGCGUCAGGAGAAGCUCAGGGCCACCUACAAGGGCCUGAAGCAAGAAUUGGGCUACCUGAAGAAGAUCAUGCGGGAGAUGUUCAUGGCCAAGGGAAUGCUCUCGGAGGAGGCACUGAAGAAGGCUGCCUUGGCCAAGAAGACGGCUACGAAAUAGGAAUUGUCAACACCGAAUAGCUUACUUGAUAAUUUUAGCUUUAAAUUAUCAAAGGCAGACUGAGCAGGUUACAAUAAGCUCCUACACAAUAGUAAUGAUAGCCUAAAACAAGCUGAAAAUAUAAAUGCCGACCAGGACUGAUAACGAGUUGGCAGGCUCAUGUGUUGUGGCCUGCGCUCCACCUUAGUACAAAAUUUUCUUGGUGGCAGGAUGGUCUCAGCAAGUCCUUUUCUCAUGCUACUUGUCUCUCUGUUGGUUGGGGGCAUUUUCAUCUGCUAGUUACCAGAUUAAUAUUGGAUUACUAAAGCCACUAUGACAACUUAAAUUUCACAAACCUGGGUAAGUGAACUGUGCUGUAGGGAGGUUGAGAAUCCUUGACUUUUCCCUCUCCUCAGUACAGUCACAUCCCAGAACUCUAAACUGUUCACAAUGUGGCUACUGAAGUCACAACAUGCAGUGGGAAUGCCCAUUAAGAAGACACGUGGCAUGGAGCAGAGGCAUAGCUUUCCGCACUUUUUACUUUCUGCUCUCUUCCUUUUCUUCCCUUUGAUACCUGAGUUCUAGGAAAGAUGUAGUUUUGGCCCCAGUCUGCACUCCUAGCUCUUAAGGAGGGCUGGGUGAGGGGGCUGCGGCACAGAGCUAGUGUCCUCGACCCAGUGAAGGCUCUUUGGGCUGGAAGACGUCAGGACAAGCUGCUCUGCCCACAGCCUCCCUCCCUGAGCCAUGGGAAACAUUUCAUCAUAGUAGUCUCCACAUCUUAAUUAGCACGAGUGUGAUGAUAAGGUGUGGAAUAUGUUUUAUAAAGAUGCGUAGUAGUCUAUACAUAUAUAUUAUAUAUUUGUGGUAGUUUCUCAUUUCUGGUUUUGUCUCGGUUGUAUUACUCGAGUUGAGUAAGAAUCAUGUUUCUUAUUUUGUCCUUUCUUAGUAAACUGUCCAAAACAA